GGGUUUUCCCUAGUGGAUGUUAUCUGGGUCACGCGCCACCGUUGAAUCCAACAAAAAUCAGGUAAAGCGAGUGAAGCUACAAACCCUAAUCACCCAAAAUCCAAUUUGGGGCCAAAAAGUUCGUCAAUCCACUCGCUCAACCCCCUCGCGUGGAACAUCACCAGAUCUUCAUCACAACGCAACUGAUUUCUCAUUUCUCACAUCAGGUAACAAGCGGAAGAAUUACUGAAAAGCCUAAAUUCUUGUCAUGGAUAUUGAUCUUAGGCUCCCUUCUGGAGACCAUGAAAAGGAAGAGAAAGAAGAGGCAAAAGAAUUAAGCAAUUUGAUAGAUAGCGAUAAAAUUCACAACGAAGAUGUUUUGGGUCGAGAUAUCGUAAAUUCUCCAUCAGUUGAUAUGGUAGAUUUUAAAGAAGAUAUGAAUCUCGAGCCUUUAUCUGGUAUGGAAUUCGAAUCACACGGGGAAGCGUAUUCCUUUUAUCAAGAAUACGCAAGAUCCAUGGGGUUCAGUACCGCAAUCCAGAACAGUCGUCGUUCAAAAACAUCACGUGAAUUCAUCGAUGCAAAAUUCGCAUGUUCUAGAUACGGUACUAAACGUGAGCACGAUAAAUCGUUUAACCGACCGCGCAGCAGACAAGGAACCAGUCAGGAUCCGGAAAACGCGUCAUCUGGUAGAAGAUCAUGCUCGAAAACAGAUUGUAAAGCAAGCAUGCAUGUGAAAAGACGACCCGAUGGCAAAUGGAUUAUUCAUAGAUUCGAAAAGGAUCAUAAUCAUGAACUUUUACCUGCACAAGCUGUCAGUGAACAAACAAGAAAAAUGUACGCUGCAAUGGCAAGACAAUUUGCAGAGUAUAAAAAUGUCGUUGGGUUGAAAAACGACUCGAAUAAUGUGUUUAAUAAAUCCCGUAACAUGGCAUUAGAAGCAGGGGAGGUGAAUAUCUUAUGCAAGUUUUUCUCGCAGAUGCAGAGUGUUAAUCCAAAUUUCUUUUAUGCGAUAGACGUAGGUGAAGAUCUACGAUUGAAAAACAUAAUAUGGGCUGAUGCAAAAACCAGAUUCGAUUAUGUCAACUUUUGUGACGUUGUAUCGUUUGAUACGACUUAUAUUAAAAACAAAUAUAGAAUGCCGCUUGCACUUUUUGUUGGGGUCAAUCAACAUUAUCAGUUCAUGCUGCUCGGGUGUGCUUUGCUUUCUGACGAGAGUAUUUCUACGUAUUCUUGGGCUAUGCAGACAUGGUUAACCGCAAUGGGUUCGCAAGCUCCGAAAGUUGUGAUUACCGAUAAAGACGAGAAUUUAGAAUCUGCGGUUUCGCAGGUGUUCCCGUCUUCAAAGCAUUGCUUUUGUUUAUGGAAUAUUGUUGGCAGGAUUUCUGAAGCGUUAAAGCAGGAUAAUUUCAUGGAAAAGUUUGAAAAGUGCAUUUAUAGAUCAUGGACCGAUGAACAAUUUGAUAAAAGAUGGUUUAAAAUGGUGGAUAGGCUCGGGCUCAAAGACGGUGAUUGGAUGAAUUCAUUGUAUGAAACGCGUAGGCAGUGGGUCCCAGUUUACAUGAAGGAUGUUUGUUUGGCGGGGAUGUCGACUCUUCAACGAUCCGAAAGUGUAAACUGUUUCUUCGACAAAUACGUACAUAAGAAAACUAGUGUACAAGAAUUUGUUAAACAGUAUGAAAGUAUUCUUCAGGAUCGGUAUGAAGAGGAAGCAAAAGGGGAUUCGGAUACAUGGAAUAAACCGCCUGCGUUAAAAUCACCAUCACCGUUUGAAAAACACGUGUCGGGUAUAUACACACACGCGGUUUUCAAGAAAUUUCAAAGUGAGGUUUUGGGUGCGUCGGCUUGUAUGCCUAAAAAAGAGGCGCACGUGGAUAUGAUGAUUACUUACAGAGUUUCUGAAUUUGAAAAGCGGUUGGAUUCCAACGUUUAUUAUAACGAAUCAACUUCUGAAGUAUCAUGCACGUGUCGGUUGUUUGAAUUCAAGGGCUAUCUCUGUAGACACAUAUUGAUUGUUCUUCAAAUCUUUUGUGGUCUUUCUGUAAUCCCGUCUCAGUAUAUUUUAAAACGGUGGACAAAAGACGUAAAAGAUCGGGGUGUAAUUUCCGAUGGGUGUGAGUUGGUGCAACAUCGGGUUCAACGAUACAAUGAUUUAUGUCAGAAAGCAAUUAAGUUGGGUGAAGAAGCAUCGUUGUCUCAAGAGAGCUACACUUUAGCAAUUCGUGCACUUGAAGACGUUUUCGCAAAUUGUGUGUGUGUAAAUAACUCCAAUAAGAACCUUUUGGAACCGGGAACAUCAACUGUUUCAGGUGUUUUAAGAAUCGAAGAGGAUAAUCAAAGCAGAAACAUGCGUACGAAUAAAAAAAAGAAUCCUAUGAAGAAAAAGAAGAUCAGUCCAGAACAGGAUAUUAUGACCGUUGGAGCCCAAGACAGCUUGCAGCAGCUGGACAAGUUGAGCUCACGUUCAGUAACUCUAGAUGGUUAUUUUGGCUCGCAACAAAGUAUGCAAGGAAUGGUUCAGCUUAACUUGAUGGCACCUUCAAGAGAGAAUUUUUAUGGAAAUCCGCAAGCUAUUCAGGGACUGGGACAGUUGAAUUCAAUAGCACCAAAUCACGAGAGCUACUAUGGGGCCCCGCCAACCCUUCAGAGCCUGAAUUCUUGCUUGCAGGGACAAAUGGACUUCUUUCGGACACCGGGUUUCACAUAUGGCAUUCGGGAGGAACCGAGUGUGCGAACCACACAAUUGCAUGAUGACGGGUCAAGACAUGCAUGAGCUUAUCAUCCACAUUAACCGUGGAAUUAUCAACCAAUAAAACUUGUUCGUUUGCCAAAAGUGCUUUUCAGAUCCAAGGGAGUGUGGCGUACUUGAUGAAAUUUACCAUUUUACUCCUGUGGGCUGAAACAAUCACCACAACAAGCUUGAAAGCUAGAGAGAACCCGUGGUCAGGCCGUUAUAUCAGAAAAUUUGUUGUAUCAAUGUAUUUAACGAUUAUUAUUCAUGCUAAGGCUGUGCUAAUGUGAGGUUCACUUGAGAACCAGAAGGUAGAAUCAUCACAUGUAAACAGGCAUUUUGUUGUAAAAAGGUUGUGUAUUGAGAUAUAUUAAGCCAGAUGUGUAUGUUUGUUGAGAAC